AAGAGAAAGAAUACAAAAAUGGAAAAUUAAACCAUUAAGCAAACCCACUUUGUUUCCAUAUCUUAAAAAAAAAAUAUUUGAAUUAUGGCUAUUAUUGCAAAAGAGCUUUAGUGCCCUGAAAUAAGUUUAUACACAUAGAUGUAUGUGUACACAUUAGUUUGAUGUGUAUUCUAUCUGAACCUUUCAUGUUUGUAUGAAAAAUCAAUGAUUUUACGACUGAGAAGAAAAGGAAAAGAAUUGCUAUAUCAGAAGAAAGCCGUCACCACUAAACCAUCAUCAACAAUAUAAACUAUUGCUGGCAUCACCACCACCACCACCACCAUCAUCAACAGCAUAACCAAUACAACUAUUACCGCCGCAACCACCACCACCAUCUUCACCGACAUCAUCAUCAUUAUUAUUAUCAUCAGGAAAGAAAGGAAAAGAAGCCGAAAAAGCAGGAGCGACGACACAUUUGAAAAGUAGGAGCAUCAACAACAAUAUCAUCAGCACUAGUUAUUAGUUUUAUUAUAUUAUAUACUAGAAUAUGGCAAAUGGAGAAAGCAGGCAAAAACAACACAAAAUAUUGAAAUAACAGAUGAUUGAAGCUAUUCGGGUUUUACGCUAUCACGUAUUGGAACUGGAAAAUCGAAACAUCCCAGCUUGGUACUAUGCAGAGGGACAAUGAUGUCAGCAAUGCCUUGAAGAAAACAGUUGCAAAUGUAUCGGGCCUGGCAUCCCAGCAGCAGCAGCAGCAAAACUCUUCUGCUGGGUUCAAGCAGAGUGUUUUACAGCAUUAUGUGCUUACACCACAUGAAGCUGAGCCAGAUAGGCAGGCAAUUGAAAUGUUUUCUCCUGUUUCAAUACAAAGAUCACCACAGCCCCAGACUCCACUCCAAGCAGCUGCAGCAGCAACAGUUGUAGUUACACAGCCCAGUACACUUGCUAGUCAUUCAACUUUGUCAAUACAGGAUGCAAAUGCAAUCCAGCAGGUGCUUUCAAUUGCAUCUUCAGCUGCUCGUUUACAAACGCAAGCACAACCAAAUAUGUCUGGAACUAUUCAUCACCAUGGGCAGCAAUGUCAGUUGAGUGUAUCUGGGAGUGGUAUACCACCACUUUCUGUUAAUGUAGCUAACCAUCAACAACCUCAGCCUGUGUUUGGAAUGAGUUUACCAACUCAUCGAUUCACUCAAAGGCUGCCAUGUGGCACAAGUUCGGGAGCAAAUGUCGCUGUAACAACAGAUGCUAGUGUAACCUCAAUUACUUGCUCAUCUCUAGACUCUUCACAAGUGCUCACUUCAAGUGCUGGCAACUUCUCACUUAGUACGUCGGCAUCAACAUCUACAACAGUUGCACCACCUAGAAAACGGAUUAAACUGGAAGAGAAGCCUCCUAGUACACCGGAAAUAGCUGCAUAUAGGAAAAAAAUUAUAAGCCAUAAACUUAAAGAAAUGGCUGAAUUAAAAGAAAACUAUUCUGAACAUUGGACAGAAUGUUAUUUUUUAAAUGGUAGUGGGAAUAUUAUGGAUUUCCACCAUUGGAAGAAACGUCCUCCAUUACAACUUGUUCAGUUUUUAAAAGCAAAAUCUUUGGACAGUGAUGAUGAAGAUGAAACAUUGGAAUUGGACUCCUCACCAAUGAAGAACACUGGAAAUGUCGGGAGUGUUUUGUCAGCCCAAAAUUUGGCAACAAGUACACCAACAACUCUUACACCCACAUUGGCAGCAUUAACACAGCAAGGUAUUGCAGUAUUUCAACUUGCACCAUCUCCUCUCACACUUAAUCCUGGUAGUUUGGAGUGGUUACAAGAGUUUCAGAGACAAAUAUCUUCACAACAGCUACAACAACAACAACAACAGCAUCAUCAUCAUCAUCAACAGGGUUUGCCUGUAAUUAGUGCUGCUCCAAUUAGCAGUCCAGCUAGUGCUAGCUCUUGUGUCCCCACGGCAACAGCUACAAGUACUGUCACUACUACUACAGUUAUAACAGUUUCCACGACACCCACACCAACAGAUAGUAGUACAUCUGGAUCUAUUUCAACAUCUACAGUUGUCUCUCAGACAUUACCUCUGCAUUUAUCAACGAUUACCACAUCAUCAACGAAAACGACAGAUGUAAAACCUUCUGUUGCACAGUCAUCUCAAAUUAUCAAGAAUGCUCUUUUAUCUCCUGUUGGGACCCAAUCAAUGGUGCGGACACCGAAGUCUCCAACGUCUCCAGCACAUCGUUUGAAUACUCGACAGCAAGCUAUUUCAGCAGUAUAUGACAGUGCUAUUGGUUCACAAGAAGCUAUUGUUGAGAGGGCCAAACAAGAAGCUCAAGUGAUGCACAGGGUAGCUGAACUCAGGAAAGAUGGUCUUUGGUCAGCACGGCGCCUGCCUAAAGUACAGGAACCAAUCAGGAAUAAAGCCCAUUGGGAUUAUCUACUGGAAGAAAUGCAGUGGCUAGCAGCUGAUUUUGCUCAGGAAAGAAAGUGGAAAAAGGCUGCAGCUAGAAAGCUAUCCCGUAUGGUUGCUAAAUAUCACCAAGAACAAGAUCAAAAAGAACAGAAAGCUGUGAAAGAGGAAGCCCAAAAAUUGAAAAGAAUAGCUGGUCAAGUGGCAAAACAAGUGAAAGAAUUUUGGGCGAACAUCGAAAAGGUUGUUCAGUACAAGCAGCAAACUAGGCUUGAAGAGAAAAGACGAAAAGCUUUAGAUAUACACCUGAAUUUCAUAGUUGACCAAACAGAAAAAUAUUCUUCAUGGUUAACAGAAAGUCUGGCUAAAUCUGAUUUGGGAAAAGGUGUUUCAUCCUCUGUUGUUGGGUCCAUAACAAGUACUCCCGAACAUUCCAACGCCAGUGGAGAUGAUGACUUUGAACCUGAUCAGAGUGAAACAGAUGAUGAAGAAACUAUUGACAAAGAAGAAAGAGAAACUGGGAAUAAUGAGUCUAUCCAAGAUGAAAUAGCCCUUUUACAAAAGGAAGGGGAUGUACCCUUGGAAGAACUUUUGAAAAGCCUCCCAGAAGAAAUUCUCGAAAAACCUGCAGAAUUAAAGCCAGAGAGAAAGAUAAAAGUCUCCGAAUCUGAGGAGAAAAUUAGUGAUGAAGAAUUUCAAACUGAAGAUCAAGAAGAGGAAGAUAUGGAAGAUACCAUUGAAGAACAAGAAAAACAUGAAAGAAAUCAAAGCCAUCUUGAAGAAAUAUCAGAGCUAGAAAAAGAAAGUGAAAUGUCUAUUGAAGAAUUAAUUAAGAAGUAUGAAGGUGCUUACAACAGUGAUUUUGAGAUGCCAGAUGUUGAGGAAUCUGGAGACACAACAGAAGACACUGAAGAGUAUGGAUCUGAUAAUGAUGAGACUGAAGAAGAGGAGGAUCAAGAAGAGGAGGAGGAAGAGGAUGAUGAUGAUGAUGAUGAUGAAGAAGACAGCAAUAAUGGUGUUAAUGAAGAGAUUGGACUGGAAUAUUUAAUGCAUCCAGAAAUUCAGGAAGGUUCUCAAUCUAAUAAGGUUGCAACAUUAGAAGGAAAGGCACCUGGAAAAGAAAUUACCGAUAUUGCUGCUGAAGCACAAAGUUUACAACCAAAAGUAACUCUGGAAACUACUCAGGUGAAAGUAGCCGUCCCUUUCUUGUUGAAGCAUACUUUACGUGAAUAUCAGCACGUUGGUCUAGAUUGGUUGGCCACGAUGCAUGAAAAGAAACUCAAUGGAAUUUUAGCCGAUGAAAUGGGUUUGGGUAAAACUAUUCAAACCAUUGCCCUGUUGGCUCAUUUAGCUUGUGAAAAGGGUAUUUGGGGUCCACAUUUAAUUGUGGUACCAACUAGUGUAAUGCUCAAUUGGGAAAUGGAAUUAAAGAAAUGGUGUCCUGCCUUCAAAAUCUUGACAUAUUAUGGUAAUCCAAAAGAAAGGAAAGCUAAGAGAACAGGUUGGACCAAAACAAAUGCGUUCCAUGUUUGUAUUACGUCCUAUAAACUAGUUAUUCAAGACCAUCAAGCCUUUAGGAGGAAAAAAUGGAAGUAUUUCAUUUUAGAUGAAGCUCAAAAUAUAAAAAAUUUCAAGUCUCAACGUUGGCAGACACUUCUAAAUUUUCAAAGUCAACGCCGAUUAUUAUUAACUGGAACUCCGCUUCAAAACAGUUUAAUGGAACUUUGGUCAUUGAUGCACUUUUUGAUGCCAAAUGUGUUUUCUUCGCAUAAGGACUUCAAAGAAUGGUUUGCUAAUCCGUUGUCAGGUAUGAUAGAGGGAAGCCAUGAAUACAAUGACAAUCUCAUCAAACGUUUGCAUAAAGUCUUGCGUCCAUUUUUGUUGCGGCGCCUCAAAGACGAUGUUGAAAAACAAAUGCCUAAGAAGUAUGAACAUGUUGUUAUGUGUCGCCUUUCGAAAAGACAGAGAUUUCUCUAUGAUGAAUUCAUGUCUCAAACAAAAACCAAAGAAACAUUAGCUUCUGGUCACUUCAUGAGUGUCAUCAAUGUGCUAAUGCAGCUCAGGAAAGUAUGCAAUCAUCCAAAUCUCUUUGACCCACGGCCUAUUGUCUCACCACUUCAAAUGCAGGGUUUAGUAUAUUCAACUGCAUCCCAAGUUGUCAAUGCUUUAGAAACUGGACCGUUUGAUAGUAUUGACUUACGGUUAUUGUAUCCAAGUCUUUGUGACAUGGAAUAUGACUUGCCAAAGUUUAUUUCUGAGAGAGUCAAGAAGACAAAGACACCCCGGCAUUUGAUAAUGGAAAUUGAUAGUCAACCAGAUCCACCUCCACGUCCCAAACCUGCCAAAUUAAAAACUUCACAUCUUCGUAGUUCUUCUCCUUUUGUCCAGUCUGGAAGAGCUUCUCCUGUCAGCCAAAGUACAUCUACAGCCCCAGGUACCACCACAACUAUAGUUACAGCUAAGCCUAAUAUAGUGAAACCUGUGGUAGCAACACAUCAGUCCACCACUGCCACAGUCUCUACUGGUACAUCAACACCUUCAUUGCCUAUUCGAAUUGGAUUAGUUCCUCAGCACCAAAUUGCGCAACAAAUACGGACUACUCUUCCACAUCAACAAUCUCAAAGCUUAGUGCCCGGAACAACCUCUUCAAUUGCUGCUGUUGUUCUAUCAUCUGCUAGUGUAGGGACAUCGCGACCAACGUUACCACAACCUAGUAUUGCCACCAUUCAAACAAAGGUUUUACCACAUGGUGCACUACAUACAUCAGGUACUGCUGCAGUUUCUACAACUUCAUCUUCCACACCUGUUCUUUCUUCUCAACCCAUAACUGUUCAAAUACAACAAACUGAUCAGGGAACACGACUCAUGAUUCCUACAGGCCAGCUUUCGCAAUUUUCUACUGGAUUCAUUCAGAUUAUUCAAACUUCUGGGCAGCAAUUUAUUGCUGCUUCUACACCACCUGUUCAGUCUGUGAUUCCUGUGCAAACUGUAACUAGUACAUGUUCUGCAGUACCUGUUGUGAACGGUCCUGGUCUAGUGUCUAAUUUAUCAUCCACUACCUCUGUUGCUAGCAGUAGUAGCAGUGCAUCUGUUGUUUCAGUUCCUGCAGUGCUCAAGACUAUUCCAACAGUCAAUUUGCCUAUUACAACAGCUGCUGCUACGGCUGGUAAACCUGUAAUGAAAGUGCAACCUUUGUCUACAGAGCUUCCAUCAACCAUGCAUUACCAAUCACAGCAGAAACAAAUUAGUCUAACAACAAGUCAGUCUAAACCAGCUCCUAUAAUAUUGGCUACUGCUGCUGCAGCUGUUACCAGUACGAAGACUACAACUGCUGCACCACAAUCAACACCUGCUGCUGCAACCAUUUCUACGACCCUUGCGCAGGCAAUAGGUAGAACAUCUCUGCAAGGCCAGACAAGCAUUUCACUUACCUCAGCAAGUGGAUUUACUAACACCAAACUUGUUGCUGCAAAAGCAGUCGUCCAACAACCAAAGUCUGAAUUAUUCUUAGAAUGUUUAUAUCAGAAACGGAAACAAUGGAGAAAAGAGAAGUUGGAUCAUUUAGACCGAAUAAAUAAGAAACAUUGUGAUAUGAAUGUUAUUUAUGGGCAGGAUUUAUUGGAAUCAGUAAAUUUAUUAAAAACCCCAGAAAAAGCUCAGUCAGUAAAAAAUUUAUGGCAUGGCAUUGGACACUUCCAUUGUAAAAAAGUUCAUCUUGAUUAUUCUUAUUCUUGUAAUUCAUUAUGGUCUCGGACAGCUGCAUUAGAAAAUAUGGUAAAUACUCCAGAAAAGUACCUUAAUGAGCUGUCAGACAUUUUAUCAAGAUUUGUAUUUGUCAUCCCACCAGUGACUGUGCCAUUUGUAAAGCUCCAUGUUUCUCAUCCAUCUCCAUCCUCUGUAGCUCGAGAAAGCUUUCAGAGGUUUAUGUUACAUAAUUAUGUCUCUCCUCAAACUGCCUGCCUCCACAAAAUAGAUGCUUGUAUGUCAGUACAGUUUCCUGAACUCAGGUUGAUACAGUAUGAUUGUGGAAAAUUGCAGACAUUAGACGUCCUUCUAAGACAGUUGAAAACAGGAAACCACAGAGUGUUGAUUUUUACACAAAUGACAAAAAUGUUAGAUGUACUUGAAGCUUUUUUGAAUUACCAUGGCCAUAGAUAUUUGCGCUUAGAUGGAACAACCAGAGUAGAGCAAAGACAGGCUCUGAUGGAACGUUUUAAUGCUGACAAGCGGAUCUUCGUUUUCAUCCUCUCAACUCGAUCAGGAGGAAUUGGUGUAAAUCUGACUGGUGCAGACACUGUAAUAUUUUAUGAUAGUGAUUGGAACCCUACUAUGGAUGCCCAAGCUCAGGAUCGAUGUCACAGAAUAGGUCAAACUCGUGAUGUUCAUAUAUACCGGUUAAUCAGUGAAAGAACUAUCGAAGAAAAUAUUUUAAAGAAAGCAGAUCAAAAGCGCCUUUUAGGAGAUGUGGCCAUUGAGGGUGGUAAUUUCACUACUGCCUUCUUUAAGCAGAAUACUAUCAAAGAAUUGUUUGAUGAGCCUACUGGAUUGCAGGCUCUUGCUAAAGAAAGGGAAACCAAGAAACGCAUUGAGUGGCCGAAAGAAGCGAAAGUAUUAACAACCACAACAUCGGUACAAAAGCCAGCAGUGAACAAAGUUUCAGAACAUGGAAAAGAAUCUAAUCUUAUUACUCAAUUGGAACAGGCAUUGUGUAAAGCAGAGGAUGAGACUGAUGUUAUGGCUGCUGAUUUGGUAAAGGCUGAACAAAAAGCGGAAUUAGCAGAAUUUGAUGAAAACAUCCCUUGGGAUGAUAAGGAGGCUGAGAGGAAGCAAGAUGAAGACGAAACAUCUAAGGUUGAGAUGGAAUUGAGUCUUUUGGAAAAAGAGCUAUCUCCUGUUGAGCGGUAUGCUGUCCUUUUCUUGGAAACCCAAAUGGAACCAUUCUGUAGUGAGGAGCUUCAGAUGGCAGAAGAAGAUAUUGAGAGUGCUAAAAAAGACUGGGAGUUGGCACGACUCAAAUCUCUGAAAGAAGAGGAAGAAAUAAGAGCUGAAUUAGAAGAAGAUGAGAUGCUGUUUACAUAUACAAGGGAUGAUGCAUAUAAUCAGGUCUAUGUAUGUGACAUUGAUCAUGAACCAAUGCCUAUGUGGGCUCCUCCCACACCACCCCAGGAUGACAACGAUGUCUAUAUUGAUCAAACAAUGUUCUUCUUAUAUGAACCCACCAUUAUGCCGGAGACCCAGCUACCACCUGUCUACAUCAGAAAGGAACAUAAGCGACCCAAAAUUGAAACUGUUACAAAUUCGUUACUCACAACAGCUCGUAAACAGAAACAACGCAAAGAAGAGCAGUUACGAGUUCCUCGGUCCCUAUUCGAUCGUCCGACGGCAGCACAGCUGAAGAUGCGCCGUGAAGCGAAAAUGCAAAAGCUUAAACAUGGUUUAAUUAAGAAUUUCCGCUCAAUAUCGUCUGUGUCAAGCAAACAGCCAAUGGAACAGGCUGAAGAACAUCCGGAAUGGUUAAUUCAUGAAGACUGGGCUUUAUUACAGGCUGUUCUGACACUUUUGGACUUGGCUCUGAAUUUAACAGUUUUGUCUCCUGCUCGCAUUGCAAACUGGGAGUUAGUUGCAGAUGUUGUUAAUUGCUGCAGCAGGAAUUACCGAUCUCCAAAGCAAUGUAAAAAUCGUUAUGAAAAUAUUAUUAUUCCACGUGAAGAAGGCCGUGUUUUAUACGAUAUGAAUCCAAGAAAACAGAAGAAAACUAAAGGAAUAUACAAGACAAAGAAUAACCGACCAAUCAAAACAAGCCAGCUUUAUGGGCAAGAUAGCUAUGCUGCUGUUACCACUCUGUACUCUGGCCGUUUUGACAUGAUAAAAAGUCUGGCAAAUAAACGACAGCCUCCGCUAAGGCAGACUACCAACCAAGGGCAGAAGAAUCCUAAACACACAUCUGUGCUUCAGAGCAGCGGUAUUAACUAUGAUUUACCAUUGGAUCCAGUUCAAGUUGCUUUGAUCAGAGCAGAGAGGAUUCAACGAGAGAAGAAGCAGAACCAAGCUGCUGCAGCCGCUGCUCACGUUUCAACCGAACAGCAGUUGGCCCUGCAACGCGCACAACAACCUGGCCAAGUUCAAGGCCAGGUUACCCAACAACAGCAGCAAUCACAGCAGCAACAACAACAGCAGCAACAGCGGCAACAACAACAACAGCAGCAGCAAGUUCCACAGGUGGUCGCUGCUGCUGCAGUAGCAACUCCCCCAACACAUGUGUCCCAGAAUGUAGCAGCAGUACAAGCCCAGCAACUUCAGUCUCUCACCAAUGUCUCCAGUUCAGUUAUGCAGACAGGACUGUUACAGAAGGCUGAUGUUGCACCUUUAGCAGGAGUGAGGCCAACUUCAAAGGCUGUGUCUAUCUCAUGUCCCAAAGGAAAUGGUAGAAGCAUUUUCAUCAACACCACUGGCGGCACGGCAUCCACAAAUACUUUUGCUGCUUUCAACAAGCAUAUAUCACAGAGUCUCUCAAACAAUCCCCAAGCCACUAGAGUUGCUGUAAGCGGUAAUUUGACUUCUGCAGUUCGUACAGCAGCACCUCGGCAGCCAAUCUCACUUACAGUCCAAGAUAUCAAUUCUGUAUCUGCAAGUCAAGUGGCAGCACAAGUUGCAGCUGCACAAGUACAGCAGCAGCAGCAACAGCAGCAGCAACAACAACAGUCAGCUGUUGCACAAGCUGGGACAUCAGUGCAAGUGACCACAGCCACUCUUCAAACCACCGGUGCUGCUGCAUCUGUUCUUCCUGCAACCAGUCUUACAGCUAUGCAAAUCAAUUCACAAAGAAUUUCUGCUUCAAACUUGGUUGGAGUUGCUACGACAACAGCCAGCACAGCUGUUAAGCAUCAAAUAACCCAGCAACAAGGCAAAGGACCACAGUUACUUCUGAAAACACCUCUGAUUAACAAUCCAAAAAUAGGACAAUUGACUCAAGUAAAACGAGCUUUGAGUCAACCUGCGACGCUGCCAAAUCCAAAACCGCUUACCAUUUCUAGUGUUGUCCAAGUCCAGCAAGGACAGAAGCAUACUAAUAAGGCUCAGAGGCAGUACCGCAAUGAAAUGAACAUGAUUUUUAAGCAGCAGCAGCAGUUGCACUGCUUGACACAGCAGAAACAACCUCAGCAGCAGCAGUCACAACAACAAACACAACAGCAGCAGCAGCAACAGCAACAACAACCACAGCAACAACAAACAACAUUGCAAAUACAAAAGACUGUUGCUCAGGCCCAAAGUACUCAAACACAGUCUGCAGUGCCAUCUGCUCAAGGACAGGUUUUGUCAACAGCUCAGAUAUUAAGUCAAGCUAUUCAUUCAAUGCCAGGACAGACAGUAACUACAUCUGCGGGGAGUACACCACUCUCAAUACCAGUCAGUGUAACACAACAAAAAGGACAAGUUGGCAAAAGUGCUUUAAGCCAGCUUACACCACACAUUAAGCAACAGCUACAAUAUCAGCAAAUUCAACGAAGAACUCUCCAAACACAGAAAGUUCCGAUUGCUGGUAAAACUGCUCUUUCUCUUGGAACUACAUCUGCAGUACAGAUCAUUCCAACGUCGAAAUCUUUCACAGUUCACCAACUGAAUCAGAUGAUGAAAGGUCAGCCUAUUAUUACAACAACCCAACCAACCAUUAUUGCAGCUAUGAACCAAGGACAAUCAGCCGGUCCUCAUAUGGUGACUAAAGUUACGUUACCAACAGGUUCAACAACUUCUCAGAUACAGACAAUUGCUGCUUCUCCAAUUAAUAUAACACAGGGCUCUGCUGUAGCCACUGCCCUUCCUACUAGCACCCGAACUGUAAGCACCUUAGCUCAGAACACUCCUACUGUUGUGAAAACAACAUUAGCACAUGAUACAGGGGUUCAGGUACACGCUGUACACACAACUCUAGCUCAAGCCACAAAGCUGACUACACUGUCUCCAUCGGUGGUAACCCAGGCUCUACAGUCGUCUCAGAUAAGUAAUCAGUCUCUACAGCAAUUACAAAUGACAUUAGCUGGACACGUGCAGUCAAAUGCUAUUGUGGCUUCUACUACGCAACCAUCUGUCCUCUCUACUGCUGUUACAAUGACACCGACAACACAGACUAUACACCACUCACCACUCACGGGAGCGGCUGUUGUCAGCAGCCAACCUGUACAACAGCAACAACCUCAGCAACAACAACAACAACAACAGCAGCAGCAACCCCAACAGCAACCACAGCAACAACAAACACAGACUCUACAACAGAAUAUCCUUUCACAACAAGCUCAAUCUUCUCAACAGCAACAGCCACAAACACAGCAGCAGCAGCAACCUCAGCAACAGCAGCAGCAGCAACAACAACAACAGCAACAGCAGCAGCAGCAGAAAUCGUCUCACUAUGCUAUGAGAACACGCAAUACACCUAAACAUUAACAUAUUCUAUUAAAACAA